GGUGACCUAAUAUGGGCGGAGAGGAGCCGCCUGAGCAGGUAGACAGACGGAGAGACCCUUCGUGAAGAUCACAGCUUUAACAGAGGAACUAGAGGAAUAUACGACUUUACAGCGGAUUUAAACGGCCUGACAGCGGUGAAGAGACUAUUAUGGAAAUGCAAGAGGAAAACCAAAGGCCUGAGGACAGCCAGCUGAUUUCUGUCCCUCACAAGGAUACGAUCCGUCUGCUGGAGGUGUACGUCAAGCGCAGCCUCAGCCUGAACGACGGCUCGCUGGGAGAUAAGAGGGCCGGCAAGAAGGAGAAGUGGGUGACCAUGCCAAAAAGACAUCGGCGACAUUCCAGCGACCCGUCCCUUCACUUGGCCGAGGGGUUGAACGACGGGGACAUCGGUGUGUUUUCUGUGGUUGAACCUCCGAAAAAUCUGCCCGAGACGUGUCCUGAAGAACCAGAAAAGCCCAAAAAGAAGAAAAAGAAGACCAAGAAACCCUCACUGUGGAAGAGUUUUGUUGGACUUUUCUCUCAGAAGAGCAGCAAGGACAAAGAGGACGACGAAGAGGAGGACAGCCCGCCAGAGAUGUCCGAGUCCACAGUCCCCACGACGCCCUUCCAGUCCACGACUCCGGUCACCUUACGCAAGAAAGCCAUGAAAAGGAAGUCCAUAAGAAGGAGGUUCUCAAAAAGACGGUUAUCUCUGAUAAAACCAAAUAAACCCGGUAAAGAGCUGAACCUCGAUGACAUCACUGGAGUGGAAGCUGUCAUCAGCGUGGAACCAACAUACUCUUAUUACGAGAAAGUGACAGAGGAGCUGGAAAAAAUAGUCCACGAGGUCAAAGAGGAAGCCAGACCUCUUUCAGAUGAGGAAGUAAUCGAAAGAAUCAUCGCUCUGACAAAGAAGCAGGGCGACGCCAUAGAUGAUAAGCUGAGAGACAACCCCACCCUGAACAACUUCUUCCAGCGGAUGACGUACUCUUCUUUCCAGAAGCUGGCCGAUGAUUACCUGCAGAAAGAAGCGUCGCCGACCCACAGUCCUCCCACCGUCCUCCCAACAGCACCGGAGCUGGUCAAACUGGCCUUCACGCUCGACUUCACGGCCAGGAUAGCCGGACUCUCCAGACAGAACGUCGGCCACAUCACUGGUCUGGGGAACCGAUAUCUACAGGACCGGUUUAAAUACAGUCAGGCCUGCACAGAUCACCCAUGGUCCGACAGUGAUGACUGAGAUGGCGGCGUGCAGAGACAAAGCUGCAAGUGAUGUCUUUCCUCUCAGUGCCACAGGUGUGGUUCAGAAUGUGUUGCAAGCAUAAGUUCCUCUUUACAAACUCUAGAAACAAGGCACUACAUCAGACAAGUUGUUAGCCGGGGAACAGGCACACAACUUGCUGCCAUUUUUAUUUGGUUUUUACUAUUUUGUGAUUGAAUAGUUUUGCUGCAACGGCAUGUUUACUGAGCACACAGCCUGGAAGGUUUGACUGUGUGAGUUUGUGUACAUAAGUGUUGACUUUCACAUGAAAGGUCAACACAGAAACCGAGACCUUAGUAAGCCUUGUGCUAAAACAUGAUAUUGCAUGAGAAAAGCAACAUUUCAGAAUCACAACAGGUCAAUGGUUCUACAGGCAGCACUUUAAAUAUUACACUCUUUUUGCCAAAUUGAAUUGUGCACAUUGAUUUGUAGCGAUACAAAAGAGCAGUGCAAUAGCCUUUAAUGUAUAUAAGCUAGAAACUUUGCUAGUUUAAAAAAAUAAAAAAACUUUUUAUGUUUAGCUAAUUUAAAAUGUGACAAUGUUUGUUAUUGUGAAUGCUGGCAUUCAUGUUACGAACUCAAACAAAAUUUAAAAAAAACUACUUAAUUUAA